GUUUAUGCAAGCGACAUCUGUAUGCUGUAUCUCUAUACUCUCUCUCUCUAGUCGUCUACUUCUCUUAAAGAAACAAGAAAGCUCUGUCCCUUUCUCUUUCAUAUUCUUCUCUAUGCUGGGCUCUGGAAAUCUGUUGACGGAUUGAAUUGAUCGUACGGCUUGAUUAUCAUCGGCCAUCGUCGCAGGCGGCGUCAAGCUUCAGACUUUGGUCGGGGGACGUCAGCUUCUGAGACUCACUGGCGACCUGAUGUUGAUGAAGGGCCUUGGCUAGAAAUUUGAUAUUUGCUGAAGGGAAGUUUUUUUGUAUUCGUUGAGCAGCAUGGCAACUGAAAACCCCAUGAGAAUAGUGGAAAGUAGGAGACGUGAGCAGUGGGGUUCUUCUAAGGAUGAUGUGGCAUAUGCACAGCCUAUGAAUGAAAUGGCUGUAGAUGAGUUGGGGUUGCUCCUAAAAGGGCAUAAAGUUCAGGGUGAUAACAGAAACAAGGCUCCUAAUCGUAGUGGCAGUGCGCCUCCAAGUAUGGAAGGCUCAUUUGCAGCAUUCGGGAACCUGAUAUAUCAGCAAUCAGGAGGUUGGGAUUUAGGUUCGAUGAAUUUAGACACUGCUCUUCUGAACUGUCAGUCUGAGGAACAAAUACGGUCCGAUCCAUCGUAUUUUGCAUACUAUUCUUCGAAUGUCAACUUGAACCCUAGGCUUCCUCCACCUAUAAUCUCAAGGGAGAAUAGGCAUCUUGCACACCACGUAGGGGCUACGAAAGAUAGCUACAAAUUCACAUCUUCUGGUGACAGUGGCGAUAGGCUGGUGCACUUUCCUAGAGGCUCUCUUUCAACUCAUAUCGAAGAGCCCGAGGAUGAAAAUUCAACACCGAAUGCUUUAGAUAACUUGGCAGAGAGUAGAGCCGCAGAAUUGACUGGACAGAACAUAGGUACUUUGAUUGGUCGGCGUAAAAGUUUGGUUGAUUUAAUUCAGGAUGAUUUCGCACGCACUCCGCCACUUUAUAGUCAGUCUCGUUUAUCGGGCCACAUUGCUGUGGAGGAACCAACUAAACGUGAUAUUCAAGCACUUGGCCUGGAAAAUCUUUCUCUUGAUAUUCCGAAGUUGCCUGACACGGGUUCAGAUUCUUGCAACGAAGCUUUAACCGGGCAUAGUGCAGCUGGAGCUAACAAUUCUUCAAUUCUCUCUUUUGGAGAGACAUCAUAUCUCGAAACGUUAGGGAACCCAUGUUCUAGAGAAAACAACAAAGAAACAGGCGGCGAUCGACGCUCGAGAAGUGAACUUGGAGGCGGUGGCACUGGGUCAGAUGUUUCCAAGAAACCUGCAAUGGUGGAGAGCAAGGACGAUGGAAGUUCCAGUGACCAAAAUGAACCGGUGCCACAACAUCCUCACUCUCACCGGAACACGGGUUACCAAGUUAGUGGCCUACAAGUUCAAAUACCCGUUCACGGAAUGAAUGAAAUGCGCAAUGGUUUGGAAAAAGGCCGCCCUCGUUUCUCCUCAGUUGAGGUGCAAACCGUUCCACAAGCUUCUGGAUUGACACCUCCAUUAUAUGCAGCUGCUACUACUGCCUAUAUGUCUCCUGGAAGCCCGUAUUACACUAACGUGAAUUCACCUGGCUUAUACAGUCCUCAAUAUAGCAUGGGGGGUUAUGCGUUGGGUUCGGCAUUUCUUCCUCCCUACAUGCCCGGAUACCCGUCUCAUAAUAGUAUUCCUAUGCAGUUCGAUGUCAAUCCAGGACAAAGUAUUAGUGGUCAAACUGCAACUCGGGACAUUCAACAGAUGGGCGAUUUUCAGCAUGUAAACAAGUUUUACGGACACCACGGGUUAAUGAUGCAUCCUUCCCUCCCCGAUCAUUUCCAGAUGCAGUACUUUCAGCAUCCCGUUGAUGAUUCAUUCAAUGCCCCGGGACAAUAUGUUCGUUUUCCUUCGAGUUUGGUUGGAGGCCCAGCCGAUCCAUAUGCUACACAAAAAGACCCGACUGUUGCUUCUUACUUUGGUGAUCAGAAAUUUCAGCCUCAUCAUAACGGGAGUCUGAGCACACCGAGUCCAAGGAAAAUGGGAGUAUCUAAUAACAGUUACUAUGGAAGCCCUACUGCCCUAGGGUUCAUGCCGCAGUUUCCAGCAUCUCCUCUCGGUAGUCCCGUACUGCCAGGAUCCCCGAUAGGAGGAGCGUUUCCUUUUGGAAGGAGAAGUGAAGCGAGAUGUUCACAAGGAUCUAGCAGAAACGUUGGAGUUUAUUCUGGUUGGCAAGGGCAAAGAGGAUCCGACAACUUCAAUGAACCUAAAAAGCACUCAUUUCUUGAUGAACUAAAAGCAAAUAAUGCUCGGAAAAUUGACCUCUCUGAUAUUGCUGGCCGAAUUGUUGAAUUCAGUGUUGAUCAACAUGGGAGUCGAUUCAUACAGCAGAAGUUAGAGAGCUGUAGUGCUGAAGAGAAGGCUUCCGUUUUCACAGAAGUUCUUCCACAUGCUUCAAAGCUAAUGACCGAUGUCUUUGGGAACUAUGUUAUUCAGAAGUUCUUUGAGCACGGGAGUCAUGAGCAAAGAAAGGAGCUGGCUUGCCAGUUAACCGGGAAGAUGCUACCUUUAAGUUUGCAAAUGUAUGGCUGCCGUGUUAUUCAGAAGGCCCUUGAAGUAAUUGAUAUUGACCAGAAGACAGAAUUAGUUCACGAACUUGAUGGGCAUGUGAUGACAUGUGUACGAGAUCAAAACGGAAAUCAUGUCAUACAGAAAUGCAUUGAAUGUGUUCCAACAGAAAGUAUCGGAUUUAUUAUAUCCGCUUUCCAAGACCAAGUUGCUACACUGUCUACCCAUCCCUAUGGCUGCCGAGUUAUCCAGAGAGUGUUGGAGCACUGUUCAGAUGACUCACAAAGUCAAUGUAUAGUGGACGAAAUCUUGGAAUCUGCAUAUGUUCUCGCCCAGGAUCAAUAUGGCAAUUAUGUCACUCAGCAUGUUUUGGAGAGGGGAAAACCACACGAAAGAAAGCAGAUUAUUAGCAAGUUGAGUGGGAAAGUUGUGCAGUUGAGUCAACAUAAAUAUGCAUCAAAUGUUGUUGAGAAGUGCUUGGAGCACGGUGAUCCUGCCGAACGGGAGCUCUUGAUUGAUGAGAUUCUUGCCCAGUCUGACGGAAAUGACAGUUUGCUAGGUAUGAUGAAGGAUCAGUUUGCAAAUUACGUGGUUCAGAAGAUUCUCGACAUUAGCAAUGAUAAGCAGUGCAAAGUUUUACUGAGUCGAAUCAAAGUUCAUCUUCCCGCUUUGAGGAAAUACACCUAUGGGAAACACAUAGUUGCUAGAUUUGAACAGCUUUCCGGUGAAGAAGAAUGAUCACCUGAACCCUAGACAGCUGGGAUAGGGAACUCUUGAAGCAUCACCGGGCUCGGUGCUUGGAUUCUUUAAGCUGGGCUAUUUCCUACAAAUCGAACGAACACGAGCCACGAUGUGACGGGAAACCUUACUUUCUUGUACUAGACAGUCUGGUUGUCAGCUAGGUUGUUCUCUGUUGUGGUUAACAUUGAAAAGCUGUAUCUGUAGGAGUGCAUAGAAUAAUCAGUGAGUGUUGUAGAGAAAAUGUUGAUGGCUUUCUAAAUUAGUUACAAAUAAUGGUUGUUUGCAUAUAUGAUUUGUGGCUUUCUUGUGGAAGAUAAUGUUUGGUAUAAAUUGCAAUGUGUGAGAAUGGACCUUUGAGGAAUGAAAAGGAAAUUGACAUUCUCUAA